UCCAAGAUGGCGCCGGCUCCGCCUUUUGGCUCGGGCUAUUGAAAUGAGCAAGGCGGAACAUCGCCCAGGCCCGUCCUCCUCGCGGUUCGGAGAGGUUGGCGUGUGCGCCGGCGGGGCCGCAGAAAGACCAGCAACAGCCGUGGCGAAGGAGCAGCCCCGAAGGAGCGAGAGCGACAAGCCGCGGAGCUGGACGCCGAGCCAGGGAAAGGCGCGCUUCAGGCUCUAGGAAACUAUUGAAAGAUGGUGGAUCGCUUGGCAAACAGUGAAGCAAAUACCAGGCGAAUAAGCAUAGUGGAGAACUGUUUUGGAGCCGCUGGGCAGCCUCUGACUAUUCCUGGUCGUGUUCUGAUAGGUGAAGGCGUACUAACAAAGCUGUGUAGGAAGAAACCAAAAGCAAGACAGUUCUUCUUAUUCAAUGAUAUUCUUGUGUACGGUAACAUCGUCAUUCAGAAGAAAAAAUACAACAAGCAGCACAUUAUUCCUUUGGAAAAUGUAACUAUUGAAUCCAUCCAAGAUGAAGGGGAUCUGCGGAAUGGGUGGCUUAUCAAGACCCCAACAAAAUCUUUUGCAGUGUAUGCUGCCACUGCUACAGAAAAAUCUGAGUGGAUGAACCACAUAAAUAAAUGUGUUUCUGAUUUGAUUUCCAAAAGUGGGAAGACUCCCAGUAAUGAACAUGCAGCUGUCUGGGUCCCUGAUUCUGAAGCCACUGUAUGCAUGCGCUGCCAGAAGGCAAAGUUUACCCCCGUCAAUCGUCGACACCACUGCCGGAAAUGUGGGUUUGUUGUGUGUGGGCCCUGUUCUGAAAAAAGGUUCCUUCUUCCAAGCCAGUCUUCCAAGCCUGUGCGUAUCUGCGACUUCUGUUAUGACCUCCUUUCCACUGGAGAGAUGCCUACAUGCCAGCCAAUGAGAUCAGACUCUUACAGUCGGUCGCCAAAGCCACCUUUAAAUGAUAUAUCUGAUGAUGAUGAAGAUGAUGACAGCAGUGACUAAGAGAAUGUCUUCAGGUUAGAACUGGCAUUUGAAUCUGUUGCUGUAUGAGGAAGCCAGGCUCUUCUGAGAGGCCUACCCUAGCCAUAAAAUUGCCUGAAAAGUCUUCAGCGAAUGUGCCUCAAUCUCUGAAUUUCUUAGAUAUAGAAUUGUUACUCUCUUUCUGCAGGGAUAGACUAUUGCAAAUAUAUCACUUUCCAGUUUUGUAUACUUGAUUUCCUGUGUAGGGGUGAAUUGGUGUUUUUUAACCUCUAUCCUCCCACUUCAGGUUAGAAAACCAAGUACAGCUUUUGCUUACCAACAACCAUCCCAUAUUGUACGUAACAGGGAAAUUGUAUUCCUUUUUAAUAUUGGCAAGGAUUAAAAGUGCAUAAAACCGGUAUUUUGUGUCUCCAUCAAACUGAACAGGACAUCUGAGCAGGCUUUAAAACCACUGUUACACUAUCAUCCUUUUAACAUAAAUGCGUACUUCAAUGUCAUUAACUUUUAUACAAAGAUUUCUAUACCAAGCAGUGCCUUGUAAUGACUGCACUGUUGCAGGAAGAACUAACAUAUUGUACCCUUUUUUGCAAAUGCAUGCAACAAAUUGAGAAAUAGUUGGUGCUGUUGACAAUAAUUGCUGUCCUGUAACUAGGAUUUGAGAAGCACAUGGUUUGGGUACAUCACUACAGUGUGUGUCAAGUUCGUGAACCUGUCGCACAAAGGAGUUUCCUGUAACUUGUCACAUAAAGAUUGACUUGGCGCUGCUGUGGAGUCCAGCUGAGCUCUACACCAGUGUGAAGCUUCCUCAACCUGCAUAGAAUGGGGGCUACCUAGUAAAUCCACUUGAAGAAGUUCUAAUUUAGUAUCUUGCUACUUAAAAAAUUGUUGUAGCUAUGGAGUCUUGGUAAUCGACAAUUGUAUUUGCUUAGAUCAUGGUAUUUACUGUAAUGUGUUUGAUUUGCUAUUUAUAAAUUACUUAGAUACUAUACUAACCUUUUUAAACAUUAGGAUUAGGGUUUUUAAUAAUUAGAAUUUGUUUUAAAAGCACAAUAUGGGAAGAUGUCCCAACCAGCCAUCUGGAAAAAGAACUUGCAAAAAUUCCCAUCCUGUAUACACAGCUGACCUCAAAUAGAAAUAAACUGCAAAAGACUUCAUUUUAAAUACAUAAACCCAGGACCAGGAGGGAUAGUGCAAAAAAAAAGUAUUUCCAAUAAAGUAUUUACCUUUUAUUCUUUACAAUACAUUCUUUUCUAUGAUGGCGUCAUUUUUAGAGAAACAUCAAAUUUAGCUCUGAAGUUUUGUAAAAUCCCAAAACACAUCUAUAUUUUUAUAUAACAGUAGUAUGUUAAAUCGAUUUUAUUUAGAAACCCCUGACAGAACUGUGUGUGCAAUCUGUAGCCCCUGAGAUUUACAUAAGUGUUGGAUAUUGUUUGUAAAGCAAAAUUACAUUAUCUAGACAUUAGUUUAAGUGACAGUUUCUGCACUGUUUGCUUCAUCUGGCAAUAACUGGGUAAUAUUUAUUGAAUAAACAAUCAAUUCUGUCGCUUGCACUAGUCUCCCAAUCUGUAAUCUGGUUGCUGUAGCACAGAUAACAGUUUUGAAAAAAAUGAGUGAUACAAUCCAUGUUUAGCAGUUUCCAUUGCUUUUUUAUAUGGUUUUCUUGAGAAUAUGUUGGAGACUGUGCCACAGCUCCUGGUAGUUUAUUCCUAUUCAGCAUUAAUUUUCUAACUAUUAUUCCUGUACUUGCUAACGUGAAAGGAACUGUGUAUUAAUUUGAAUGGCAGUCCAGAAUUGCAGGCAUAUUCUCACACUUUUCUCAGAAUCUUCCUAUAAGAAGAUAUCCCUACAGUGCUACCAACUGCUCCUUGAAUUCAUUCCCAAAUUCAGAAGGAUUUUUAUUUUAAAUUUAAGGGAGAAGUACCACACGUUUCUCUGGCCCUCUUAAAUCACAAGCAGAAUGUUUUGAUUUUGUAAGUCUUUUAUAAUGUGCUAAAGGACAUAUUUUGACUUGCUUUGCAGUAGGAAUAAAAGACAGUAGUAAACUGUAAGACCAUGAAAAUACUAAUGGCCAGAUGAGCAAUAAUGAGCAGUUGAUGCUUGGAAAUGCAUGAGCUGAAAGGCUGAGAAGAAGAGUGAACUCAGGCCAGGAGCAUCCUAGGGAUGCUUAUUUUAGGAGCAAGGCCUGUUGAGCACAUUCCAAGUAAACAUGCAUAGGCUCAGAAUAUGGGGUGACCACUUUGUGCACACUUCCUUUAGAGGAGUGCCAUUGAAAUUGGCAUGGGACUUACCUCCAAUUAAAAACCUGUAGGAAUUGACUGCAAAUGCAUGCUUUGUCUUCUGAAAGGAUAACAUAAGGAUCCUUGAGAUGGUAAAGUAUUAACAUCUAUCUUCAUACAGUUUAGUUUCCUUAUUCUUACCCUUUGUUGUGCAAAAGACUUUGCAUAUUAAAUGCUGAAUGUCAGUUAAAUUUACCCAGUUAUCAGUGUACAUUGCACAAAUGUGUUGGCACUUUCUACCCUCCAAAAAACUCACCCUCUGUUUGGCUGUCCCUGUCUAUCCAAUCCCCAUCAUUAUCUGUGAAUGAAAUUCACACUAUGUUGCAGUGGAUCCCUGAAGCUGUUACCAAAUUGGCAUCUGUAGGAGAAAAUAAUCCUAGAAAUAGGUGUGCGAAUGUAGGAUACUGUUUUUGUGACUUGUUCAGAAUUUGUGUAAAAUAAAUGUUUGUCUUAUGUGUGUGUUAAACUUUUAAAAGGGCUUAAUAAAUGGUUUUGUAAUUUUGUUUGUCAGA